AUGCAGGUUCGUGUCCGCGAAAACGCCUCUACAACACAUUUACUGUGGCAUAAGAUGAUCCUUGAAGAGCAGAGGUUCCUCCACGAGGAUCUGGAGCGGCUGGAGCAAGCAAUCACCGACCGCGUUGCGGAGGAUCCCAAAAAUAUCAAAGACCGAUUGACGCGGGAUCACCAAAUUGACGGCUUCCUCAGUCGCAUCCAAGAGCAAUCCAAGCGCCUCCUCGACAUAUACAAAGACGCAGACGGCCUGCGCCUGAAAGAAGUCCAGUCCCUCUCGACCGGCGACCCCUUCGAAGAGUUCUACAAGCAGUUCGAGGAAGUCAAAGACUUCCACCGCCGCUACCCCAAUGAGCCUGUCGAAAACCUGGAGCGUGCCUACAAGCGCCGGCGGCCCGAAGAGGGAGAAUACAUCCCCUCCGAGGUGGACAACAUGUUCAGCGGGGAGGAGUCGAACGGCCGCUUCCUGGACCUGACGCAACUGCAUGAAGACUACCUCAACCUCCCCGGCGUCAAGCGCCUGACGUACCUCCAGUACCUGGACAACUUCGACGCCUUCGAACCGCCGCGGCUGCCCAUCAAACGGCAGCAUAAAAUCACCGACCAGUAUCUACAAUACGUCGCCAGCCUCGACAACUAUCUGGAGAGCUUUGUGCGGAGAACGAGGCCCCUCGACGACCUGCCGAAACUGUUUCUGAGAUACCAGCGGGAAUUCGACACGGCGUGGGAAGCGGGGACGGUGCCGGGCUGGACAAAGGAGCAGAAAGAGCAGGACUCCACUACUACAAGUACUGCCUCCGCGCCCGCGGGGCCCCAAACUGAAGGCACCGGCGCCGGUGUAUGGUGCCCGGAUUGCGAGAAGGAGUUCACCAACGAGAACGUCUAUAAGUCGCACUUGACGGGCAAAAAACAUCUCAAGAACGCCGCGGCAAAGAAAUCCCAGCCCGCUGCGGCUAAUGGCGAUGCCGCCACAAAUGGUGCCUCGAAACCUCCUACGACGAUAGAUCCCUCCCUCUCCGGCACGGCGCUCAAAGAACGCGCCAUCGCCUCACACGAACACCGGGUCCGCGCGCUCGCCGACCUUCUCUCCAACGAACGGAGCAACACGCGGGUGAACGUGGAGCGCAAACAAGGCAUGACGGAGCGAGAGCGGCAGGCUGAGUUGGACGCCCUCUUCGCCGAAGACGAUGCCGCUGUGGCAGCGUCCGACCGGCGAGCCGCAGGGAAGAAGCGGAGCGGCGGCGGCGCAGACGACUCUGGCUCCGACUCGGAAGGCGACGAGAAGAUCUAUAACCCGCUGAAACUGCCGCUGGCAUGGGACGGCAAGCCGAUCCCGUACUGGCUGUACAAGCUGCACGGGCUGGGGGUGGAGUUCAACUGCGAGAUUUGCGGCAACUUCGUGUACAUGGGCCGGCGGGCGUUCGACAAACACUUCUCCGAGGCGCGCCACAUCUAUGGGCUCAAGUGCCUGGGCAUCACAGGGUCGGCGCUGUCUGGGGCGGCCGGAGGCGGCGGUGGUGGUCUCAGCCUGUUCCGCGAGAUCACGGGCAUCGACGACGCCCUUAAGCUCUGGGACAAGAUCAAGAAGGAGAAGCGCGAGCGCGAGGUCAAGGACGACCAGGUCGUGCAAAUGGAGGACGGCGAGGGCAACGUCAUGCCCGAGCGCAUCUACCUGGAUCUGCAGAAGCAGGGUAUUCUAUGA